CCGCCCCUCACUCCCACUUGCAUGCUCUCUCUCUAAAUUUUUUAAAAUUUAAAAAAAAAUUUAAAAAUGUUUAUUUUGAAGUAAUUGUAGAUUUACAGGGAAUUGCAGAAAUAUGUAUAGGGAGGUCCCAUAUAUGAGCAAAUUUGUUUUGUUUGUUUGUCUUAAUUGAAUGCUCAGAGCUUAUUUACUUAGAAAGGUCAGCCCACCCUAACGUUGGGAUAUGGUUGCUAUUUGUGUUCACAGAAUUCAUAAAGGCCUAUUCUUCUGUAGAGGUUUGAUGUUGCUUUGUUGUUGUUGUUGUUGUUGGGUUUUGGAUAGGCAUUGCAAAUGCUGCCUUGGUUGGGUGCUGGGGACACAGAGUGUACAACUAUUAUCAAAGGAGGCCACACCAGUGUGAUCCAAAGGCACUGUAAUAUAGUGAAGAGAAUGGUAGAUUUUAUAUUAGUGCCCUCAACCACGUUAUAACUACAUGAGCUUUGAAAUUCAGUUUUAUCUUCCUCCUGAGUUGUUUGAAAUACAGGAAGUAAAGGUGUUUGGAAAAUAAAGCCCUGGGCUAUCAUAAUUAUUAUUAAGGUCUUUUUACAACAACAACAACGAAAAUCCUUUACUGGUUGUAAUUCCUAUGAUAAAAAUUAACUUUUUUUAGACAACAAAGGCGGAGGAAUUUUGACAAAAAAUUUUGUCAAAAAAUUUUGUGCAAAAAUGCAUAUGACAUCUUGAAACCUGGGAGAAGAGAAAAACUAGAGGAAUGGAGUGCCCACACUAUAUCACACAGCAGUAACACCUGCUCAUCAAAUUAGCUUGCUACCUUGGCCUGCAGUAGGCCCGAAGCCUGUAGAUUCUGGUAUAGUAGGUGCUACCUGAGAAGGUAGGGGCAAGCUUAUCUGGUCCAUGUGACUGUUCUCACAGUACUGUUUGAUUUAAGAAGAUCUCUGCUUUCAAUAUAUGUUUAAGGUGGGAUUCUUGCUUCAGUUUGCAAGUAGGAUUUUGUAAAAUCUUUGAAUUGUGUAGAUUGACACAGCCAAAGGGACGUUAGAGAGAAAAUAAUGAUAACGAGAUCAUGACCAGGCAUUCACUGAACACUUUGCAAGGUGCUAAAUACUGUGCUGAGCACGUCACACUCUCUCGUUGAAUCUCAUUGAAUGUGCAAUGACCCUGUUUGGUAGGGGCUGUAGUUACACCUAUUUUACAAACAAGGAAGCUGAAGCUUCAAAUGGUUAAGUAAUCUACCCAGGAUCCUGUAAGUACUAAAUGGCAGAAUCACUUGUCAACUCAGGUGUGGCUGGCACCAAAGCCCAUAUCCUUACACUAUAAUAAGCUCUAUUUUACAGAUAAGGAAGUGGAGGUCCUGAGACAUUAAGUAAGACCCAUGGUCAUUCUCCUUCUUACCCUUAGUCUAGGUCUUUUUCUGCUUUAUACCCUUGUAAGAAUUUGCUUAUUCCUAUGCAUUUUGUCAACUAUUUCUGGCCUCUGCGCAUCUGGCUGGUGUGUCAAGUUGAUGGAAAAGUUACUAGGUUUGUAAGCAUUUAGAUCAAAUAAGACUUGGAUUUUUUAAAUUUGUAAUCGAAUCACUUGUUUUGAUUUUUAGUGAAGCCUUUUCUACCAGACUCCUAUAAAGGAGACACUGUCUCCCAUGUGCUAUUAAAAGUUGAACCUUGUGACUACUGUCUGACUAUGUUUUUCUUUUAGAGGAGUCAGAGGGGGCAGGCUAUGACUUCAUGUGAAAAAUAGCCACCAAAGAUCUAUCCAGCAUAAUUUUUAGUUUUUUAAUUUUGAGGCAGAAGAUAUACCAUCAGGUCCUAGAAGGAGUCUACCACUUCCUUCUCUACCCUGAAGAGACUUGGAAAUUAAUGGGUAACAUUUUGCAUGAAAAUUACUGAAUGCUAUUCCUUCUUAUCUCUGAGGCCUUCUGUGGAGAAUUAAUAGGAGGUUGAGUGUGCAUGGAUAAAAUGGAUCAUCUUAAAGGAUUGAAGUUCCAAAAAUAUAUCAGCAGGACUGGACAGGUUUGACAUAAUGAGAUUUCUAUUUUAGCUUGACUUCUGGAACUCUGAAUAAACUAUAAACUGAGCUGCACAGGUCCUGGGAAGGAAGUUUCUCUUCUAAAAUAUUCUAGUUGCAUAUAACAUUUUCCUUAUUCAGAACCUUUGAAAAAAUAUAUUUACAUCUCAAUUUCCUGAGAAUUAAGACUAAUAGACACUUGCCAACUUUUAAUAUAUGAAGCGGGAUAGAAAGCAGCAAUUUGUAUCAUUUUGGAAAAGAAAUUUAAAGAAACAGACACCAGAAAGACGAGAAAUCUCUACAUAAGCACCGGUUGAGAUGGCAGAAGCUUCUGUGGAUGCCUCGACUCUGCCCGUAACAGUGAAGAAAAAGAAAAGUUUAUCCAUUGAAGAAAAGAUCGACAUUAUAAACGCAGUAGAAAGUGGCAAGAAAAAGGCAGAAAUUGCAGCUGAAUAUGGAAUAAAGAAAAAUUCACUGUCUUCUAUUAUGAAGAAUAAAGACAAAGUUCUAGAAGCCUUUGAAUCUCUGAGAUUUGAUCCAAAGAGAAAAAGACUGAGAACUGCUUUUUACACAGAUCUGGAAGAGGCAUUAAUGAGGUGGUAUCGAAUUGCUCAGUGUCUAAAUGUACCAGUUAAUGGUCCAAUGCUACGUCUAAAAGCUAAUGAUUUUGCACAGAAACUGGGACAUAAUGAUUUUAAGUGCAGUAACGGUUGGCUGGAUCGCUUUAAAUCCAGGUACGGUUUAGUAUUCAGAGCUCAACCUGUGGAAGCUACAGGUGUUUCAGUAGACCCUUCAACUGUCUGGCACCAAAAUGUACUUCCUUAUUAUUUAAAUGAUUAUCAUCCUAAAAAUGUUUUUAAUAUAAAAGAGACUGGGCUGCUUUAUCGAAUGUUACCUACAAAUACAUUUGCAUUUAAAGGAGAAACCUGCUCGAUUGGAAAGUUAUGCAAAGACAGAAUAACUCUAGUGGUUGGGACAAACAUGGAUGGCUCAGAGAAACUUCCUUUGCUCAUCAUUGGAAAACACAGAAAUCCACAUUGUUUCAAAGGUAUAAAAUCAUUGCCUGUGUGUUAUGAAGCUAACAGGAUGGCAUGGAUGACCUCAGAUGUGUUUGAACAAUGGAUGCGGAAGCUCGAUGAGAAAUUUCAAGCCCAGCAACGAAGAGUGGUGAUCUUUGUUGAUUCUUUUCCUUCACAUCCAGAGGUAAAGAACCUAAAGUCCAUUGAGUUAGCAUUCUUUCCAUCAUGUGUAUCUUCCAAAUUUAUAGCUAUGAAACAAGGUGUUAUUAAAAGCCUUAAAAUCAAAUAUCGACAUUGUCUUAUCAAAAAGUUUUUAAGCUCUGUUGAAGGCAGCAAAGAAUUUACAUUUUCCCUACUAGACGCAGUUGAUACUUUGCACCUUUGCUGGAGGGCUGUAACCCCCGAGACUAUUGUUAAGAGCUAUGAAGAGGCAGGAUUCAAAUCUCAAAAGGGAGAAAGUGACAAGACAAAUGCAGAGACAGACACUGGUCUUGAUUUGGUUGCCCAUGCUCAGGCAGCAGGUGUGGAAUUUCCUGAAGGUUUAUCUCUAGAAGAGUAUGCUGCCCUCGAUGAUGAUUUGGAGACGUGCGAAGCGGCACCAAAAGGUGAUUCUGUAUGGACCGAAGAGAGUAAAUCAGAUGAAACUGGGCUUUAUACUUCUGAUGAAGAAGAUGAUGGUGGAUCUCUAGGAACUGAGCUCCCUUUACCAUCAAAAAAUGAGGCCAUAACUGCUUUAGAUACUCUUAAAAGUUUUCUUAGAAGUCAAGAUAUGAAUGAGGAGCUUCAUAAUUCUUUAGCAGACCUUGAAAUUUUUAUUAACUCAUCAUCUAAAUAAUUAUUUGUGGUAUAACAUCUUUUCCUAAUGUAUUUUACUAGAUAAGGUAUAUGAAGGGAAACUACCACUUAAACACAAAAAAUUUAAAAACUAGCAAUCUUUAGUUUAAUUGCACAUGUCUUUGACCUGAAUAGCAAAGUUGCCCUAGGUAGAUUAAAUAAAGAGUAAAUAAAUGAAAAAUAUGAAUUUCAACUUACCAAGGUUUUGGGGAGUAGAAACUGUAUUACAGAGGCCUUGUACUUGAAAUAUAUGGUACAUAUGUCAAAAAUAGAAAACUCUCCAGCUAUUUGAUUCAUACAGGUUGAAUUGGUGAUUGCUAUUUUUCUCUUUUUUUUUUAAAGCACAGAUCAUGUUCUAGAAUAUUUUAAUUUAUCUACCUCGUCUAGGAAAUAAAAUAUCUAUUACUUAGAUAUUUAUUUUUAUAAAGACAUAUAUUCUAGCCUCAUAUCAAGUAUUAAUUUUAAAUUACUUUAUUUUUCUUGUAACUAACUUAUCUUGCUAACAGGAAAUUAUGAAUAAGCACUGAAAAUAAAACCUGACCCAAUUAUAUACCAAAAUGAUUAAAAAUAUAUGUCUCGCUA